CUGUAAUUGGACCCUGACAUAUAAAGGUUGGAUUUUUUGGGGAUAAAUAUUUGUUUCUUUUUUGUUGUGAGGUGAAGAAAGAGGCCAAAGUGAGAACUGUCGGAAGACAAUCUCUGAUUUUCAGGGAAAGUCAGGAAUUAAAGCUAUGGACUUGGCUCUUCAUUGUCAUUGUGCUUACCCGUUGAUCAAACUAGGAUUCAUGAGAGCUAAAUCAGCCAAUCAUCUUCAUGUUCGAGAUACUCAUUCACUGCCGUUUGCGUUGCGCUUUGAGCAGAGUCUUUCGAGAACAACGAUUAAUGGAGAUAGAAGUAUUUGGUUUCAAGAGAAAGGUGGUUCUUCUUAUACUUCAAUGGGAAGAUCCAAGAAAGGAUGUGUUUGUUGCAAGAAACCGUCUGAUAGACGAACGUCAAACCCAAGUAAAUCGAACCAAGAGGAGAUCAUUUCGCUCUUGAAACGGAUUCAAUCUUCGAUCUCUAAAGGAGAGUCUCGAGGAGUCGAGGAAGAGAAGAACAGCGAUGAGUCUUCUAAGGAAAAGCCGCUGACCAAAGCUAUUCUUGACGUUCUUGAGAAAUCAAGAAAAAAAACUGAGGGAGAUACUAGUGUGAAGGAGAAGCCACCAAAGAGACAAGUAGAGCUUCCUCGACCACCGUCUAGUUUUGUCAAGAGAACUCCUUUAUCUUCUUCUGCCUCAGGUCCAAGAGGUAAGCUCCCAGUAUCAAACAGCGAUAAAGCUUUAGGAAAAUUGACAAAGAAGGAAGAGAAAGCUUCACUGAUAGAAACUAUGAAACUUGCAGAGCUCAAAGAAGUUGCAAAGAACAGAGGAAUCAAAGGAUACUCAAAGUUGAGGAAGAGUGAACUAUUGGAGCUGAUAAGAUCGUCCUGAUUGUAACUUAUAGUCAACAUUCUCUUACAUGCAAACAAGAUGACAGAUUGUAUGUUGUUAUAUUAAGACAAUCAUUCUUGUAAAGCUGAAACAUUUUCAAGUAUCUCAACCUUGUAAAAGUUUGGUUAUCUCCAAUUCUUGCCUGUGGUCAAACUAAAUUCUGAAAAGGUUUAGAAUUGGUAAACAAAAACCCCCAAAAA